GUUGUUUUUUAAAGAUUUAUUUUUAUGUGUCUGUAUAACAUUUUAUGGGCUUCUGGAGAUCAGAAAAGGCCUCCACUUCUCCAGAAUUGGAGUUAUAGAUGGGGUUAUGAGCUGCCAUAUGGGUACUGGAAACUGAAUCGAGGUCCUGAGGAAGAGAAAUGAGUGCUUUUAACCACCAAGCCAUCUCUCCAGCCUGAGCUGAGUUUAUUAUUACUGUUCAAGCUCCAGUUAUUUUGCCCAUUCACUUUAUAUUAUAUGUUCUAUUAAAUACACUCUGAAACCAAACUGUACUGGGCUAUAAAGUGUUUGUUUAUUUUAGGAAACUUCCACCUUAAAGCAAUACGAGUCCAUCCCUUAGAGUUCUGGAAGUCACAAGUAUAAAAUCAGUUUUCCAGCUUCUAGAUUUUCAGUGGAAACUGGGCAUGGCUGUGAGCUCAGACAGCUGCAGAUCCCUCAAGUAUCCUUACGUGGCAGUGAUGCUCAAAGUGGCAGAUCAGUCUGGCCAGGUAAACAGCAAGACCAUCGAAAUGACAAUUCCACAGUUUCAGAAUUUCUACAGACAGUUCAAGGAAAUUGCUGCUGUAAUCGAGACUGUGUGAGAACUGGUUUCUGAUUCUACAGUAAUGGACUCUGCCUUCCGAAAGAGAGCUGCAUAUGGAACAAAGGAUAUUUAUAAAAAUUGUGCUCCUCUGUCUUGAGAGAUCUUUCAGAGGUUAAGAGCACUGGCUGCUCUUCCACAGGACCAAGGUUCAAUUCCAGCAUCCACAUGGCAGCUCACAACUGUCUGUCACUCCAGUUCCAGGGGACUCGACACCCUCAUACAGACAUAUAUGCCAGUCAAACACCAAUUGCAUGUAAAAUAAAAUAAUUAUAUUUCACCUCCAAUUUUAAAAAAUAACUUAAAAAGCCAGAUGAUCAUGAAUCAUUUUAGUGGUGAUCCGUGUUUAGCCUUGUCAAUGAGCUAAAAGUAACUGUUGAAUGCUAAUGUGUGUAGAUUAUGUGUAGCUGUAUUUUUCGAAAACAGAUGAGUAAAUGAUACUAUUAAGUACAAUACAGUUUUGUAUGUUAGAAAAAUUUCAAAUCUUCCUGAUAACUUUAUAAAUAAUAUCUUGUCUGGAACUUAUAUGAAGCUAAUGGAUUAAAACAGUUUUACUGAAUUUGAAAUAAUGAAAGGAACUUCUUGAAAGAAUUAAUGAGAAGAGUGCAGCUUCCUUCUCAGACAUUAGUACUCAGGUUAGGGUAAGCCAGUCCUUCCUGGAUUAGCAUUCAGCUGUUUGUGCUGCUGCUAGCUGUAGAAAAGUCAUCACCAGUAAUCUGUGUGCAGCGCAAACCAGAGCAUCCGUAGUAGUAUUUUGACACACUUCCGCCUUCUUCCAUGUCUGCUGUGCCGUGGUGUUCUGAGUGAGAACUGUCCCUGUAGGCUCAUGUGUGUGAAUACUUGGUCCCCAGUUAGUGGAACUGUUGAAUUAGGAAGCAUGAUCUUGUUGGAGGAGCUGUGUCCCUAAGGGUGGGCUUUGAGUUUGAAAAGCCCAUGCCAGGCCCAGUAUCUGCCUGCCUGCCUGCAGACACAAGCACUCAACCUCAUGCUGCCUGCCUAUUGCCUUGUUUCUUGCCAUAGUGAACAUGACUUACUCUCUGAAACUAAGCAAGCCGUGUUUUUUGUUUUGUUUGUUUUUGAGACAGGGUUUCUUUGUGUAGCCUUGGCUGUCCUGGAACCCACUCUGUAGAUCAGGCUAGCCUUGAACUUGUAGAUCCACCUGCUUCUACCUCUCAAGUGCUGAGAUAUCGACAUGUGCCACCACUGUCUCAACUAGCAGGACCUCCAUUAAAUGCUUUCUUUUGUAAGAAUUGCCUUGGCCAUCAGGUAUUUUCAGAGCAAUAAAACAGUAACUAAGACACCUACCAACCAAAUGUGGUGAGCUAAAGGUUGCUUGCUUCAUCCUUUCUGAUUCUCCACAAAUACCUCCCAUUGGUAGAAAGUCAACCAGAACCUUCUGAUCCAGAAGAGGGGAUCAGAUGCCCUAGAACAGGAGUUAGGAAUGGAUGUGAGCUACUGUGUAGGUGUGGAGCAAGCCUGGAUCCUCUGCAAAAGCAGCAAGUGCUCUUAACUGCUGAGCCAUUGCUCCAUCCCCUGUCUUACCUUGUUUGCAAAACAGGCCUCACUAUAUAGAAAUUUCAAUCCAGGAAAAUGCCCUUAGAAAUAAGAGAAGAAGUUGCCUCAUGCAUGGCUUCCAUCAGACCUCUUGGGAGAUUGUAUUUCCCAGCUUCUAGCAGUUGGACCUGGAGCCAUAUAACUGGGUUGAAGCUAGUAGGAUCUGCCUAGAAAUAUCUUAAUAUAUUCAGAUUCGGUUAUAAAUCAUUGCUUAAGAAAACAGGGCGAGCUAUGACUCUUCCAAAACGUCAAAGCCCACAACCAGUGACAUCCUUCCUCCAGCAAGGCCACAUCUCCUGAUCCUCCCACAGCCACCAACUUGGGACCAAGUAUUCAAGUGUCUGGUGGAGGGAAACUGGCAGGCAUCUUCCGUGUGUCACCUGGCCUUGGCUAGGGUGCUUUGAAUACUGCCAACAAAGUUGGCGACAUCUGAACUGAUUCUAACAAGCUAAUUAUAGACAUACACUUUUAUCUAUCAAAAGCAUUCCAUGAGCUCUAACUGAAAGCCAGAUAGAUGGUUUGUGCUCUGUCUAGUGCUCCCAUGCGUUAUUGUCACAUAGGGGCACAGCUCUAAAAAAAUCUGGAUAUUCUCUCAUAUUGGGGGCAAACAUUUAAACUUUUAACAGGGAAAGUGUGCCUAUCUUUUAGUUUCAGCUUUUUUUUUUCCUAUAUAAGACCAAACUCUGAUAUGUCACUGUGCACUCAAAAAUGAGGUACAAGCCCAAGCAAAUAAAAAUGAUAAUAAUAAUUGCUUAGCAUUUUUCAAGCUCGUCUGUCCUUAGGCUGAAAUGAUGACCUUGGAAAGAACAAAGGAUGGACCCUGUACCACCAGAGGCUUCUGAAUAAUGAUAAAUACUAUUUUGACUUAACCUAAAUAAAAGUCCCAUAGUGUGAAAAAAGAAA